AUGGAUCUGAAAGAUUUUUUAAACUUUAAAGUUUUGCUCUCGGGUAAGUUCCAACAUACAAAGACCAACACUCUAGGUGAAAAAGUAAAGUGGUCUUCUAUUAGAGAAAUAAUGUAUUCUGCUGAUUCAUUAGGCGAAUUGCACUACCGAUUUUUGUUUCAUGAAGAUUUUAAAUCUAUAAGCAUCUUAAGAAAAAGGACAAGGAAAUCUGAUGUAAUACACCUAAUGCCUAUUUCCAGCACAUUUUUAGGAAUACCUGCCUAUACAAUUCAACACCUAAGAGAUUUGAUGCCUUACGUUGAUAAAGCUAGUCGACCCUAUUACAUGCAAUUUUUGAGCACGAUUACCACAUCUACGUCAACAACUGAUAAUUCUCUUUGGGAUACUGAAGACAAAACCUGUCAAGAGGAAGAAACUUUUUAG